CCCAAUUCGGUAUAUAUGGAGGUCUUACUGAAGUAUGUACAAGUUCCAAUCAAUAGUAUACAAGUCAAUACAACAUCAUUAGUCUGCAUUUGGGGUUUUCAGUAAGGAGUUAAUUCAAACAAAUAUAACACACACAUUCCCUCUCUCUCUCUCUCUCUCUCUCUCAUACACACUUAUGUUUGACAAGCCAUUUUCAGGAAAAACCUAGCUUUACCAUUUCUCUUCUCUCUUUCUCUGUAACCCACCUCCAUUUUUGUCUCAAGCUCCAACUUUUUUCUUCAGAAAAAUGAUUACAGCGAUAUGGGUUUCUCUUGGGGUUUUAUCAAACAAGAUUUCUUUUAGCUAAAGCUCACCCAGAUCUUCAAAAUCGAAAUGUGUUUGUUUCCUCCUUUAAAAAUCAACACUUUCUUGAACUCCCUCUGAAAACCUCAAAGAAAGAUACCUUUUUUACGCAAUCUUCUACCAAAAAUCUGUAAAACCCUUCGUUCAUUUCUUCUAAAAACCAUUCCUUCAAUUUUUUUUUCGGGGGUUUAUAUUUAUAAUGGGGUGCGUUGCUACAAAGUUAGAAGAAGAAGAGGAAGUGGUGUCUAUUUGUAGAGAGAGAAAGCAUUUCUUGAAGUUAGCCGUAGAGAAAAGGUACGCGCUUGCAGAAGCUCAUUUUAGGUACUGUCAAUCAGUUUAUGGCGUUUCAGCAGCCAUACGACUUUUUGUUGCCAGACAUUCUUCAUCUUCUUCGCCAUUUCUCAUCACUUUUCCACCACCAUCUCCUCCUAAAGAAAACAAGGUUGUUUCAAACCCUUUGUUUCUUCAACAAAACCCUCCUGAAGAACCCAUCAAAAAGAAUAAAGAUGCCACUGCAUGUGCGUCUGGUUCAUGUUCUUGCUCCUCCUCUUCAACGUCUUCAGAAGAAGACGAAGAGAGAGAAGAUAAGUUUAAAAGAGAGAGGGAGGUAGAGAGAGAAAGAGAACAAGUAGAGAGUUGUGGGUAUUUUUAUAUGGGAAUGCAAAUGCCGAUGCAUAUGCAUAUGCCUCCUCCAGUUUCAAAUAUUCCAUCGAUGCCAUCACCACAGAGGGAGUUUGGGUGGGAUUUCUUUGACCCUUUUGUGACGAUGAGGCCAGAGGUCAUCAGUGCGUAUAAUCGUAAUUCUGAUGAUGAUUUGAGGGUAGUUAGGGAAGAAGAAGGGAUACCAGAGCUUGAAGAAGAAGUUGAGAGAGUGGAUGAAGUGAAAAACAAGGUGGUGAGGAGUGAAGAAAAGAAAGAGGAAAGUUGUGGGGGUGAAGUUCUAGGGUCCACAGUGGACUGUGCUAACGUGAGCCAGGGUGAAGCUCAGAAGGGUUUAACAGUCAUUGAUACACCAGAAAGUGGAAGAGAGUUGUUGGAAGCAUUGAAAGAUAUUGAAGACUAUUUUAUACGGAUUUAUGAUUCUGGAAAAGGUGUAUCCAAGAUGUUGGAAUCUAACAGGAUCCAAUCACAAUCUGGGUUAGAGGAAAUAAAAGAAAACUCAACUAAACUCAUUCAAGCAAUCGCACACAGAUCAACAUCCUAUCGAUUAACAACAUGUAAGAGUCUUGUAGCAUCAAAUUCUAAAACGGCUUCUACAUGGACAGAAUUCAAUAAUGAUCUCUUUGAUGAUGGAGGGGGAAUGAAUUCAGGAAGCCAUACAUUAACAUUAGGAAGACUUUAUGCUUGGGAGAAGAAGCUAUAUGAAGAAGUCAAGGCGGGAGACAACACUCGGAAAUUAUACGAGAGAAAAUGCAGCCAAUUGAGGAAUCAAGAUGUGAAGGGGGAUGAGGGAGUUUCAAUAGACAAAACACGAGCUGCAGUUAAAGAUUUGUAUAGCAGGAUUUUGGUUGCAAUUCGAAGUGCUGAAUCAAUCUCUGAAAGAAUCGAGAAACUCAGAGAUGAAGAAUUGCAGCCUCAAAUCAUUGAACUCUUACACGGCAUGAUGAACAUGUGGAAGGUUAUGUUGGAAUCACAUGAAAUUCAAAACAAGAUCAUGAAUGAAGUCAAACUAUUCACUUGUCCAACGUAUGGAAAAUUCUCAAACAACACUCAUCGUCUUGCAACCCUACAGCUGGAGGCUGAGCUUCAAAACUGGAGGACAUGCUUCAGAGAAUAUCUCACUGCACAAAAACAAUACGUUGGAGCUCUUUAUAGUUGGCUUUCAAAGUUCAUAGUACCUGAAAUAGAAUUCUACUCAAAAAGCCGAAACACAUCUCAACCUUUUCAAACAAUAAAUGGGCCUCGAUUGCUAAUGAUUUGCCAAGAUUGGUUUAAUUUGAUGGAUAAAUUGCCUGAUAAAUCGGUUUACUUUGCCAUGAAAAGCUUCUCAAAAGAUUUACACUCUUUGUGGACGCAACAAGGAAAGGAACAAGACCAGAAGAGGAAAAUCGAUAGUUUGUCAAAAGAACUCGAUCGCAAGAUUCUUGCUUUUCAGAAGACUGAAAAUCGGGUUUUUGAGCCGAAUCUUGAACUAUGUGAGAUUGGGGUUGAUCAUCGGGCAGAUUAUUUGAAAGAAAGGAAGGAUUUUUUAGAUGGGUUUAGGGCAAAAGUGGAAUUAGAGAGAGGAAAACAUCAAAGUUGUAUGCAAGAAACUCAGAGGAUCACAUUGAAUGGAUUCCAAACGGGAUUUUGUCGGGUUUUUGAGGCGUCAAUUGAGUUCUCAAAAGGGUCGAUAAAGAUGUAUAAUGAUCUUGUUGGCUCUUCUCAGGAAGAAGAUGAGAGUAGGAGAUGACAGGUUUUUUUAUUUAUUGAUUAAUGGUUUGUUUAGUGGUGAUUGUUGUACAUUAGAUUGUGAUCGAAGCUGCUUGCUGAGAUAACAUUGGUUUAGACUUUAGAUGAUUAGUUGGAUUUGUUUAAGGUGAUCAAGAAGUGGUUUUUUCUUCUUGAUUUGAUUAGGG